AUGUCUGAGAAAGACAUAUUUCUUGAAAGCUACCUGAGCUGCCAUGUGUGUUCAGAGACUUUGAAAGACCCUGUAACUCUGAUCUGCAAGCACAGCUUCUGUUUAAACUGCCUGCAACAAUUCUGGGAACAAGCUAAAAACACAAACUGUCCCAUUUGUAAAAGAAAAUCCUCUAAAGGAGAUCCUAGAGUGAACUUUGCUCUGAAGGAACUGGCUGAUUCCUUUGAGGUGAGAAGAAAAUCUGGAUUAUCUGAGACAGAAAAGCGAGAGAAGAAAUUAACAGUGGUGUGCAGAAAACAUGAAGAAGAGCCAAAACUGUUCUGUGUGGACGAGCAGAGAGCUGUGUGUUCUGUCUGUGACUUUCCUCACCAGCAGAGUCACAAAGUGGUUCCUGUAGAAGAAGCAGUCAGUGUCCUAAAGAAACAUCUAAAAUCUGACUUUAAGUCUCUGCAGGACAAGAGGAACAAAUACAAACAAGUGGUGAAAACAUACAAUGAAGUGAUUCAACACUCCAAGAAGCAGCUGUUGUCCACAGAGAGGCAGAUCAGAGCAGAGUUCAACAAGCUCCACCAGUUCCUGAAAGAGGAAGAGGAGUCCAGACUGGCAGCUCUGAGGGAGGAAGAGGAGCAGAAGGGGAGGACUAUCAGCAGAGAGAUGAAGAUGAUUAAAGAGCAGAUCUCCUCUCUGUCAGACAGCAUCUCUGCUGUUGAAGAAGAGCUGCAGAAACACAGCGUGCCAUUCCUCAGGAGUUAUAAAGACACUCAGAGCAGAGCCAGAGCCCAGAGCUCAGUGUCAGAUCCACAGCUGGUCUCAGGAGCACUGAUAGAUGUGGCCAAACACCUGGGCAACCUGUCCUUCAGAGUGUGGGAGAAGAUGAAGGAGAAGGUCCACUUCAGUCCUGUCAUUCUGGACCCAAACACUGCAAACUGCUGUCUCUAUCUGUCUCAUGAUCUGACCAGUGUGAGACAUGGAGACACAUGGCAGCAGCUUCCUGAUAAUCCAGAGAGAAACACAAAAUAUGCUAAUAUUCUGGGCUCUGAGGGUUUCAGGUCUGGGAAACACAGCUGGGAUGUGGAGGUGGGAGACCAUCCGACCUGGAAUGUGGGGUUAAGUAAAGAAUCAGUUGACAAGAAGGGAGAGCUUUUUGUUUCACCAAAAUAUGGAACCUGGUGUUUAUUGCAUAAAAAUGGAAAAUACAUUGAUGGUGUUGGUCAGACUGUGACAGUGAAGAAGAGUCUCCAGAGGAUCAGAGUCCAGCUGGACUAUGACAGGGGGGAGGUGUCCUUCUAUGACCCUGAAGACAUGACUCACAUCUAUACUUACAGAGACACUUUCACUGAGAAACUCUUCCCACAUUUCAGUAUUGGAAAUGCAGGAAAUGCCAAAACUUCUGAUAUCAAAAUCUGCCAGACUGAGAUUUGA